CCCCUAUACCAGCCCACUCAGACCCUCCUCUUAAAAAGCAGUUCUCAAUUUUCUCCCUCUUCUUCUCCGAUCAACGGCGAAGCGAAAGUUUCCCCAAUUUCUUCCAUAAAAUUCACAAGAUUUGUGUACAAUUCUUCUCCAUUUCCCGCAAAAAGAAAAACAAAAUCGAAAUCAUUCCAACGCCCGGCGUUGAAUUCACUCCUUCGGGACUGCAAAAUCUGUGGCUCUUUUAUUUGCCCACAAUUUUGCUUAGUUGCUGAAAAACCCUACCUUCAAUAGAUCGAUAUAGUUUCGCAGUUUUUGUAUAUAUCUCUUGGUUUUUAGGAAUUUUAGUUUCACGAAUUUGACCGAAUCGGUUAGGGUUUGGAUUCCGAACAUUUUCCGGGAUGUAUCCGCGAGCAAGGUAUCCACCGGGGAUCGGUGGGCCAGGCGCAGGUAGAGGUGGUGGGAAUAUGAACCCGAACGCGAGCCCUAAUUUUCAACCUAGAAAUCCGCAGCAGUACUUGCCGAGGAAUCCAAUGCAGUUUCAGAAUCAACCACCGCCGCAGCAGCAACAGCAAUGGCUCCGUAGAACACAGUUAGGUAGCGAUUCCGCUGUAGAGGAGGUCGAGAAAACCAUACAGUCUGAAGCCGUAGACUCGAGUUCCCAAGAUUGGAAGGCAAAGCUAAAGAUACCACCAGCAGACACUCGGUACAAAACAGAGGAUGUGACGGCCACCAAGGGAAAUGAAUUUGAGGACUACUUUCUGAAGCGUGAGUUGCUAAUGGGAAUAUAUGAAAAAGGUUUUGAAAGGCCAUCUCCAAUCCAGGAGGAGAGUAUUCCAAUUGCGCUGACUGGAAGUGAUAUAUUGGCUAGAGCUAAAAAUGGGACGGGAAAAACUGCUGCUUUUUGCAUCCCUGCCUUAGAAAAGAUUGAUCAAGAUAGCAACAUUAUUCAAGUUGUUAUUCUUGUUCCAACUCGGGAAUUGGCUCUUCAGACAUCCCAAGUGUGUAAAGAACUUGGAAAGCACUUAAACAUUGAAGUCAUGGUUACCACCGGGGGAACCAGUUUGAAAGAUGACAUAAUGCGUCUAUAUCAACCAGUUCAUUUGCUUGUUGGAACUCCGGGAAGAAUCCUGGAUCUUUCUAAGAAGGGCGUAUGUAUUUUGAAAGAUUGUGCGAUGCUUAUUAUGGAUGAGGCAGACAAGCUUUUGUCUCCAGAAUUUCAACCCUCUAUAGAGCAGCUGAUUCGCUUUUUGCCUGGGAAUAGGCAGAUUUUGAUGUUUUCUGCUACUUUUCCUGUCACCGUAAAGGAUUUCAAAGACAGAUAUUUGAAGAAACCCUAUGUAAUAAACCUUAUGGAUGAGCUUACACUUAAGGGUAUAACACAGUAUUAUGCUUUUGUUGAAGAAAGACAGAAAGUACACUGCCUCAAUACACUCUUCUCAAAGCUUCAAAUCAACCAAUCAAUCAUCUUCUGCAAUUCAGUCAAUCGGGUGGAACUUUUGGCCAAGAAAAUUACAGAGCUUGGCUAUUCUUGCUUCUAUAUUCACGCAAAGAUGCUUCAAGAUCAUCGCAAUAGAGUAUUUCACGACUUUCGUAAUGGUGCAUGCAGGAAUCUUGUCUGCACAGAUCUGUUUACUAGAGGUAUUGAUAUACAGGCAGUCAAUGUUGUCAUCAAUUUUGAUUUUCCGAAGAACUCAGAAACAUACCUGCACAGGGUUGGUCGAUCUGGAAGGUUUGGACAUCUUGGAUUAGCUGUGAAUCUGAUCACUUAUGAGGACCGCUUCAAUUUGUACAGGAUUGAGCAAGAACUGGGGACUGAGAUCAAGCAAAUCCCUCCCCAUAUAGAUCAGGCGAUAUAUUGCCGGUGAUCUAUGGUAAUGGCACUUCCGUAGUUCCAUUUGGCACAUAGUGGUGCUAACAAAGUAUUUGGCUGCAUUGUUUGCUGAGCUGAAUGAUUUAGCAAUCAAUAGGAGACUGAUGUGCUGUGUAAACUUGAGGCCUUAUCGUGUGAGAACUUGUGGUUGGUUCUCCAUGCAGAAAAACCUGGAGUUAGCUUAAACCUUGGGCCCUUUAAUGCCGUUAUAUUUGACGAGGAUUUGAAGAAAUUUAGAGUCGUAUAUAGUGUUACCAGAUAGAUGCCGGAUUCUCUCUUCAGUUGGCCUCUCAUAUCUGUUGGGUUCACUAAGCAUUUGCUCUUGGAUUGACGUGGCAUUGUAGUUUCUGUAUUUUUUUUUUAAUGCAUAUGUACUUAAAAUCUUCUAGAACUAGGUUCUUGGUAGCGUUCUCUAUGUGUUGUGGAACUCUGCCGUGCAGAAUUUAACCAAUGGAAUGUGUUUUGAUUCUAAUC